AUGGCUUCUGAUGGAGAAACAAAAAAAGUAUGGACUGAUGAGGAGCGUAAUGUCUUAGCAGAGAAGAUGGACAGAGAGAUGGAUGAUUUUUUGAAUAAUUUAGCUGCUCAAAAAAGAGAACGUGAAAAAGAUAAACCAAAAAAAGAAUUUAAUUAUGAUGAAUGGGAAAAAGAGAUAUCACAACAUCCUGCUUUUAUGACAAAACUUCCUGAUGAUGGAAAUUCUGAAUAUAAUGAAUAUAUAGAAGCAAUACGUGCCCUGAAAUAUGAUGUUGGAGAUACACCAGAAGAAAUUAUUUUAGAUGCUGAACAACAUAAAACAAAUGGUAAUAAACAUUUUAAAUUAAAGAAAUAUCGUUGGGCAUGUGAGGAGUAUAGUAAUGGUAUAAAAUUGAAACCAAGUAAUUUAAAACUUUUAUCACAAUUAUAUGGAAAUAGAGCUGCAGCAAAUUAUGAAAUUGGUAAUAAUAGAUCUUGUCAAAGAGAUUGUGUUUGGGCUUUAAGACUUGAUCCAACUAAUUUUAAAUGUAUUAUAAGAAUGACACGUUCUUUAUUAAAUGUGGAUAAAGUUUAUGAAGCUAAAGAUUGGUUAGAAAAAAAUUUAGAAUAUGUAAAAAAUUUGAAGGGUGAACACACAUUUCCUAAUCAUUGGAAUGAAGAUUGUUCAAGUUUACAAGAAGAGAUAGCUAAAAAAAUUUUAGUAAAAGAAAGAGAUGCUAGAAAAGAACGAAUAUUAUUAAAAAAAAAAGUUGAAAAUAAUGAAAAAUAUUUAAAAGCUUUCAAACAAAGAGAUUUAAAAUUUAUCUAUCCAAGUGUGAAUGUAAAUAAUGCUGAUAGUUUUGAUCUCGAAUCUUUAGAAGUUAAUAUAUCACAAAUGUCAACAAAAGAAUGUGUUACAUUUGACGAUGAUGGUAAAACAUUAUUAUGGCCAAUUCUUUUUCAAUAUCCUGAAAUUGCUUUGACUGAUGUAAUGAAAUCUUCAAAUGAGACAACAGUUUUUGAAUUUUUUAUUGAUUCUUUAUCACAAAAUUGGUUAGAAGAAACCCCUUGGUCAAUUUAUAAAUUUGGAGAUGUUAUAGUAACAUUUGAAUGUGGUAAAACAAAGGGAUGUUUGUAUGUUGUUAAUUUACAAGAAACAUUAUCAAAAAUAUUAAGCAAAGAAGAGUUAUUUAUCAAGGGAGGUCUUCCAGUUUUUCAAAUAUAUACAAAAAAUUAUUUUGACAAGAAUUUUAUUUGCAAAAAAAAGAAUUACUAUCAGCCUAAAUAA